AUGGCUCUAAAUUUGUGGAUCUUUUACAUAAUUUAUCUUAUAAAAAUCUCUACAUCUGCUAACUACGAAUUGGUUAGCGACCAGUUGAGCCAAAUGAGAAAACGAGCUUCCGACAGAGAAUGUAGAUAUGGCAAAACACUACAAGAAGCUAAUUUCUAUUGCGGAGAAAUUAAUGAGCCCAAGCCCAAACCAUACCCUUCCUACAAACACAAAAAUCCAAUCGACACCAGACUAAUUCCAAAACCUCAAAACAGUGAAAUCAUAAACAUAGCCCAACAGCCGAGACUAAGAUUUGGUAGAGCGAUUAGAAAAGUUGGAGAGGGAUGCGAUGAAGGGAACAAGCAAAAAGUUUCUUAUUGGGCUGUAACUGUUGCCAUCGGAGGCAUAACUUACGUACCUUGCAUGAUUUGUGACCAGUACUCAGAGUUAGGCCCUAAAACUUGGUUUAAAUUUCACCGAGAGCACGUGGCCAACGAAGCACUCUGGUACGCUAAGGAGGUCGAGCUGGACAAACACGAUAACAACAGGCUAAACAGGAUCUACGCCACACCGGAUCAUAGGCUUGUUAUCAGGGAUUUUCAAGCUACUGACGCGGGGGCCUAUUUUUGCACCUUUCACAAUUCGUCAAAAAAGCCAGAAACUGCCCACGUGACAUUCAGAGCGGAAUUCUUGGACGAGGACAGCCCCAUAUCAAUGGCGAUGGCCUGGGAAAAAAUGUCCGGAUAUAGCGCAAUCAGUAACAUGGUCUAUAUCGAUGCUGAACUUGUGACACAGAGUAUGAUAGCCGAUGCAAACUGGAUUAUGUUCUCACUAUGGGCUCAAUGUAUAGUUCGAAAAAUCUACGAUAACAAGCCCUCUCACCCAGAAUUUUUGGAAUACGUUUUCAAGUUAUAUCCUCUCGGUGCAAUCUGCCAGUCUUCCAUUUUCUCAAAACGUGUCAUUCUUGCAGAAGCCACUAAGGAAGUACAAGUUGAUUAUUGCGAUAACGAGUGUGAAGAUAUGUUUACAAUGGUAAAGAGGUACAUCCUGAGUACACCAAUCGGCGCGCUUCUAGGCAGACUAUUUGCAUUUGCUAAAUCGAAAAUGCGGAGUAAUCUAAAAAACACCUUAGUAGAAGGAGACCUCGUAACAGUAAUCAGAAGAGAAUUAGACACAGAAUUACUGCCUUGCCCAGGUUACUUAGACUUAGCAAUGGCAGCCUGGUACUAUAAUGGAUCAAUGCUUGUAUCUACAUUGGAAAUAUACAGCAUAUCGAACCACAGGAUUUCGAUACUGUCCGACUAUUCGGUCCGGAUCGAUCUUAUGUCGGUUUUCGAUUCCGGCCGGUAUAGCUGUUACGUUAACCACUACGUAACUGUGGAUAUCUUUUUAGUCGGAAUCUGGCCGGAGAUGCUGAACUUUCUCUACUUCAUGGGCCCAUCAUUUGCGUUGCUGGCAAUGGUGAAAGGUUUCAUGGACACGCAACGUUACGUAAAAGUUUACGCGUUCCGUACGGCGGAAUCAAGACGCAGACGAGGCCGCAAACCGAAACCGCUUCCAAACAUCAACACAAAUAGUAACGUUAAUAACAGUAGCUACUUACAAAGUAAUUCCAACCAUAACAAGAAGAACAAUGACGUCAUUUGUGACCUGUCGCCAUCAUCGUCGUCGUUUUCGUCAUCGACAAAUACCGACGACGAUUCGAUGUUCUCCGGCUCGAGAAUUCCCUAUACCGACAUAACGAUUAAUAGUUGUUACAGUUCUUACGGUACAGAUGUUGACGACACCAGCAUAUAUUAA